AUGUCUUCGGGAGCGGACAGACGUGUCUGUGUUGUGGUGUUGGGAGACAUCGGAAGAAGUCCUCGAAUGCAAUACCACUCCAUCUCUCUCUCCAAUCACUUUGCGAACCCGCCUUCUCUGCCGACUUUAGCCAUUGUGUGGAUUGUAUGCCGACUCAGAGGAUCAGUAUUUGUGAUCGAUUGGCAUAACUAUGGCUUUACAAUACUUGGGUUAACUCUCGGCGUGAAUCACAUUUUGGUCAAGAUUUGCAAAUGGUUUGAGACUUAUUUUGGCACUAAAUCUGAUUUCAAUUUUUGUGUCACAAAUGCCAUGAAAAAGGAUUUGAAGGAUAGAUUCAAUAUUAGCGCAACCGUUCUCUACGACAGACCACCAGAUAUUUUUCACACCAUUUCUACGGAAGAGAAACACAAUUUAUUUCUCAAAUUGAAGGAAGAAUACAAUGAAUUCGCAAACAAUGAGACCAAUGAUGAAAACGAGACUAUUUUUACUGAAUUUGACGCUUUGAAUGACGAGAUGUGUUUGAGAGCGAAACGUCCGGCUCUUGUAAUGAGUAGUACGAGUUGGACAGAAGACGAAGACUUUGAUAUAUUGUUUAAAGCGCUGGAGCUCUACGACAGCUCCGUUGACGGCUCGGAUAAUUGGCCACAAAUUGUAUGCGUUGUCACCGGAAAGGGUCCUCUAAAACAACACUAUCAGCAAAAGAUUUUGACCAAAAAGUUUAAGUCAAUAAAAGUUGUGUUUCCGUGGCUGACGGCACACGACUACCCGAAACUGGUGGCCAGCGCUGACCUCGGCAUAUGUCUGCACAAGUCAUCCAGUGAUCUCGAUUUGCCAAUGAAAGUGGUCGAUAUGUUUGGCUGUUGUCUACCCGUCUGUGCCUAUAAAUACAAUUGGCUUCUCAACGAAGGAAUAGAUCCGCAAUCGUGUGACGAGAGGAGCCGAACAGCACUUCAUUUCGCCGCCUGUAAGGGAAACACACAAAUCGCUCGACUUCUGUUGGAUUCGGGCGCAAACCCUAACCAGAAGGACAUCGUUGGCAACACAGCCCUGCAUUUGGCCGCCUGUACUAACAAUAUCGAAGUGAUUACACUGUUGUUGAGUGCGGGCACAGACGUGCACUCGUUGGACAACUCGGGCCGAACUCCACUACAUUUGGCGCAAUCGAAGCUCAAAAUGAUUCAAUCGAUGCAACGCUCGGACGCUAACAAGUUGAGUUUAGUUAAUUUCAGUCUUCACGAAGUUCACAACGUUUACUACAGUUAG